UCGAGGCGCAGGGUUCUCGGCAAGGCUGAGGCUGUGUUGCAGCUAUACGGAGUGUACAUAGCCUGAGACGAUGCUGGAUUCUUUAUAAAAAGACCCUGUUGGAAUCUCAUCUGAUAUAAUUCUGUUCUGUUAUACGAAUUGAAUAUUGAAUUAGUACGAACAUGAAAGCUCACCUUAUCUGGCUGGUAGCCAGUAGUAUUGGUAUUGCUACUGCAACACCUCUACCACGACAGAAUGUCGAUACGACGUAUUUCUUCACCUUCGGAAACUCCUACACAGACACAACUUUCUCCCCAAACAAAACCGCCCCAUCCGCCUCCAACCCCAUGGGAAACCCAUCCCUAGGAACCGGUACAACAGCCGGUGGCACAAACUGGGUCGGCUACCUAACAGCCACCCAAAACGCCUCCCUAGUCUUCUCCUACAACCUCGCCGUCGGCGGCGCAACGAUCGAUAACACCCUUGUAUCGGGUCAUUCGAAAGAUCUGGUCUCGCAGGUAGAUGAGUUUCAGUCGACGUAUGCUGAUAAGGAGGAUGUGUUGUGGACGGGUGAGAAUGCGGUUUUUGGGGUUUGGAUUGGGAUUAAUGAUAUCGGGAAUGCAUACUCGAGUACGGAUGCGGAGACUUUUACGUCGAAGUUGAUUGCGCGGUAUAGAUCGCUGGUUGAGAAGAUCUACCGCGACGGGGGCCGGAAGUUCCUCUUCCUUAAUGUGCCGGCUGCCAGUCGUACUCCUAAGAUCCUGAGUCAAGGGAAUGAGGCUGCGAAGUCGCAUGCAAAGUACCUCGCCGUGUUCAAUGAGAACGUCGAGUUGAUGGUGAAAAACUUCACGACCAACCAUGAAGAUACAACCACUGUGCUAUAUGAUUCAUGGUCAUUUAUGACCAAGGUGCUGAAUCAACCACAGAAAUACGGCUUUCCGAAUGCUACUUGCGUGAAUGAUGAUGGACAUAGUUGUGUUUGGUGGAAUAGUUACCAUCCGACGUCCAAGUAUCAUCGGUUGCAGGCGGAGGAUAUGAAGGCGCAUUUGAAGCCUCUUGGGGCAUGGUAGGUAGUGCGAGUAUAUUAAUAGCAGUGGUUUGAGUCUCAAAGGGUUGCAGGGUGUCCAUGCCAUCGCAAUCUGUAGGAGAUAGGGCUACACAUCCAAAGACAUUCCAUUCAGAAACCAGAAAAUAACCAUGUAUGAUGACCUUUUGAUGAUAAACCUAAUGUACAAUGUAACGUACGCCGCGACCAGCCAGCAGUAAAAAAGAAAAAAGACAAAGACAUUCCAGGCGUCGAGAUGCAAAACCGUAUAUCCACGAAGUG